AUGAAACUUCAAAGUCGUCCGCGGGCUCUGGUCUGCCAUCUGCUGCUGGCGAUCAACAUACUGACCGUCUGCUGUUCCAGUAUCGGCAGCAGUAGCAGCAGCAGCAGCAGUAGUAGUAGUAGCGGUAUCGACCAUAGUGGCAGCGCCACAGCCAACGUCGAUGACAUCGUUCUGCCAGGCGGCCCCGAUGCGAACCUACCAGAAGCGACCACCCAUCGCGUACCACACAAGGAUAACCCCGGUCUGGCGAAGCAUCGGCACCGGCGGGCGAAUGGCGAAGAUGGCGGCUUCGUGAGUGCCCUCGAGGGAGGCGGAGGGGCUCCGGAGGGGGAGGAAAAUUUCAUUGCCCUCGCGCCAGACGAGGCGGAUAUUUAUAACUUCUCCAACAUCAUGAGCAUGACCAUGGCGAACGGUGGGCGGAGAGCGGCGUCGGUGGCGGCGGCGACGGCUGGAACGGGUGGAACGCGCGCGGACAACGUGAACGAGGCAAAUCCUUUUAAUGAAUUUCGCAACCAUCCACGCCAACGGGGCUCCCGGGGGCAAGCACCGGAACCGGACCUGGUCGACGAGCAGCUGGCCCGCCCGGCGGGGGAAAAGGAACUCCCGGAACUGACUCUCGACGAUGAUGACGCCGGUGGCGACGAUGAGGGGGACGGUGGUGAUGGGAAUGCGUUCGAAACGGUCGCCCUGGAGGGGCCACUGAGGGGCCGCUUCGAGCCGGAAACGGCCGACGACGAGGACGGAGGCAAUGGGGGCGAGGUCGAGGCGGACUCCGAGGACGACAACGCGAUCGACCGAAGUCGGUUCCUGCGCGGGCCGGUCAAGGAGAAGGCACAAGAGUCGCGGGCGGAGUCGGAUGCCGCCCUGCUGAGCAAUAGCAUCGACUUCCUGAACUCGAUCGACGGCGCGUACCUGCUGGCGAAUGCGGCUGAAGGAUCGAAGAAGAGCGCCGCGGACAAUGACAACAAUAUUUCGACACGCAAACCGGAGGGCGACCUCGCGGCACCGGAUGGCGGCGAGAACGAGCUGUUCGAGCAGAUGGAGAAGAAGGCCAAGUCGUACCGGCUGAAGCUGUACAAGAAGCACAAGAACUUUAAGCACACGCACCACCACCGGGGCGGGCUGUACCACCAGCCGUACCAUAGCUUCCACCACGACUACUACCGGCGCAAGAUGCUCGAACGGGACCGCGAGCGCUGGAAGAAGAUGCAGGAGCUGAAGCCGGACUACCAGGGCCAGAUCAACUACUACGAGAACUCGAACAAGCUGGAGACGAGCGACGACAUCAUGGCGCACCUGAACGGCCACAGCAGCCAGGAGAAGUGGCCGCACUUCGACAAGGUGAUGAGCUCGCUCAAGACGGAGCAGAAGCCGGACAACGUGCCGCCGUACAUCAAGAAGUACAACCGGCGCAACAAGCAGCUGAUCGACCUGCUCGAGGGCACGAUCGCGCCGCUCUCGGACUAUGGCGCGCACAAGCACCGGGAGCGGAAGUACCAUCGCAGGAAAAAUCCGCACUGGAUGGAGGAGGACCUGUUCGAGGAGCAGCGCCCGAGCCAGUCGAAGAACGCCGGCCUCCAGCGCAACUACAUCCAGGAGACGAUCCAGUCCUCGACGGUGCACUCGAACGCGCUGCCCGGCGAGGGCAUCCACAUCAUCUACGACAAGAAGCACGCGGGCGAGGACGGGGCCCGCGAGCUGCUGUACGGCCGCCCGACCACCUCCUCCGGCCACCCCGGCCCGGACGGACACCCGAACGCGUACAAACUGUCGUCCCGCGCCGGCCAGUUCGUGUACCAUCGCGUCGCGUCCCCGCAGCCGGUCGGCGGCUACGGACGGCUCAAGCGCCAGCGGCUCCCCUUCGUCGCCAUCACCGACCGGCGUCUCAGCGCCCCUCCGAAACGGCGCACCCCCCCGGGCAACCCCGGCACUGGCAACGGCAACAACCUUCGGAAUCACCAGCCGAUGCCUUAA